CCUCCCCCACACAACCUUCAUAUUCUUUUGACGCUGGUAACGACAAACCCAGAAGGUCUAAAAUGGACAACGCUGCCAAAAUCUGCAAACUUUUCGUCGGUGGACUGAACGUCGAUACCGACAAUGACGGACUCCGCAAGCAUUUUGAGCAAUUCGGUGAGCUUACCGACUGUGCUGUAGUCAUGAAUCAGCAACUACAGAGAUCCCGCUGUUUCGGCUUUGUAACCUACAAGACCGCGGAGGAGGCCGACGCUGCAAUGGCGGCUAGGCCACAUGUCGUCGAUGGCAAAAACGUGGAGGUAAAGAGGGCUGUUGCUCGCGAAGAUGCCGAUGACCCAGUGAUAAACGCAAAGGUCAAGAAAAUAUUCGUCGGAGGACUGAAAGAUGAUAUUGAAGAUGAACAUCUAACUGAGUAUUUUACUCAAUUCGGUGAGGUACAGAAGGCCGAAGUUAUUUCUGAAAAGGAAACCGGAAAGAAGAGGGGCUUCGGCUUUGUUCAUUUCACAGACGACGAUGCUGCCGAUAAAGCAGCCCUUCUAAAGUUCCACACCAUCAACGGUCAUAGAGUGGAGGUGAAGAAAGCCCUGACCAAGCAAGAAAUGCGCGGCGGCGGUGGUGGUAGGAGUAGAGGGGGGAGAGGCAUGAGAGGCAAUCAAAACGGCUACGGCAGUGCUAGAGGUGGUUACAACACCGGUUAUGGGGGUGGUUACGGUGGGGGCUAUGAUGGAGGCUAUGGCGGCGGCUAUGCUAGUGGCGGCUAUGGAGGAGGUUAUGGAGCUGCCGGUGGCUACGGAGGGGGAUACGGCGACCAGAUGGGUGGUUAUGGUGGCGGCAACGGUUACAGUGACUUUGGCACUGGCUACAACCAGCAAGCCUCCGGAUACGGGCCCAUGAAAAGCGGCGCCAAUUACGCUGCGGGUCGGAGCAGUGCUCCCUAUGCUCGAGGCGGUGCUGGAGGCUACGGCAGAGGUGCCUAUGGCGGCUACUGAACCAAUGUCCACGACAGACUAUUCGUAAGAAUUCUCACACCCUCAAUACCGUCAGAUUGGACGUCUAACCGAGCUCAAAUCAGUCAUGGGGCAUCAGCCGUAAAACACCAGGCCAAAAUGCGGACACUGUGAACCCUAAUCAUUAACGAAGACCUCAAGACCAAACAGGUAGGAAGAUCACUUCCCAGAACCUGAUUUGCACGACCAGCUGUUGCCGUAGGACACGUUCGAUUGCAGAAUUCAUUUAUCUUAUGUUUAAAGUUGAGGGCGUGUAGCUGUCGUUAGUUGACCUGCUUUUUAUUUAGUUAUGCGUACAGCAUCUUCUCGAAUUUAGUAACUUAGGAUUGUUUUGUUAAAUACUACUAUAUUUUUCUUAUCUGCAUUUUAAGCAAAUGGUAUCGAAUUUCCCUAAGACUAGUCUGUUUUCAAUGUAUGGGGAAGGGGCGCAUGUGCUAUGGCAUUGGAUUUCCUAGCUUAUGUCUCUGAUGUAAAUUGUGUAACUGUCCACUAUUAUAGCCCUUAGGUUGUAGUGUUCGCGGGAUUGGUGGAGCGGAUGCAGUCAGUUUCAUUUUCUUGCCAAAAUGUUUUGUAAAUCAACGAAGUACGUCAGUAGAUUCCCAGCCACUACACAAAGCGUCCACCUUAUCAGCCUGUUCGUUUCCUUCACUUCCAGCAAUAUCUCAUGUAUAUUGUAUAAUCUGUCUGAAGAUCAAACUACUAUUGUUAAGCAUUGAUAUACAUAUGUAUGUUCAUUUUAAAUAAAAAGUUAAACAAG